AUGUUAACACUCGGUGGGCUGAUCCUCCUCACUAUCUAUAAUACCUCGCUCGUUGCCUCCAGCGCCCUCCCCAAGAACGAACGCUGCGUGACUGCGAUAUACACCGCCUAUGGAUACAUUACCUUCGCCGCGGACCCCGACGUGGGUUUUUGGGAGACCCGGUGUCACAACCCGCUAGAGGUCACCUCCAUCUACGCCUCUUCGGACAUCUAUUGCCGUCCAGCGGAGAGAGAAGCAGGCAUCGCACAACUGGAGAGGUCAUGCCGAGAGCACGGGGAUGUGGAUCUGAUACCGCGAGAGCAGCUGGCCGAGAACCUCACCAGGGACGCCCUCCGUCGCAUGCCAGUUGUCAAGUACUUGGAAAUCCCGAAAAAGCAUCCUGUCAACACGCCUGUUUUGCUCGCGCCGAGUCACUAUGAUAUUGUCUUUAACACUAUUGAUACCUGGGAGUUCGAAGUUUGGACUCAUUACGCUUAUGGAUUGGCCGGGUACGGGUUCUGGUUAUGCAUCCUCAGCUCAGGCAUUCUCCAGCGACUGGUACAUCACAUUAUUCAAUCUCCAGUGGUGCAAGCCACCUAUAGGUCUAGCUCAGGACUACGCCGGCUGUGUAUGCCCCUACAAAACCUCCGCCACUGGAUACAGGUGUAUCUGGUGGUGCCUCAUCCUCUACGAUCCCAGAGCCGCGAACUACUCUGGUGGACCUUUCCAACCCGCCUAGACGCUAUUGUUGUGCUUAUCUUCUGGGCCUUGAGCAUCGCUGUGUGUACUGUGAGCUAUCGACUCAUCCCAGAUAAUAUCUACUGGCCCGAUAAACAAUCGCAGCUCCUCCGAUACGCAGCAGACAGAACGGGCAUACUGUCUUUUGCGAACAUUCCAUUACUCUGGCUCUUUGCCGGUCGCAACAAUAUCUUCAUCUGGGCUACAGGAUGGAGCUUUGCCACUUUCAAUCUGUUCCACCGCCACGUGGCCUGGAUAGCAACCAUUCAAGCUGUUGCUCAUACUUUUCUUUACCUCUUCAUCAUGUACGAGAAGGGCAGACUGCUAAAAAAGCUGACGAAACCAUAUCUGUUAUGGGGAACAGGGGCAACAUUCCUCAUGGUUCUGCUCCUACCAUUAGCCAUCCAGUGGUUUCGUCACCGAUCCUAUGAACUAUUUCUUAUCAUACAUAUUAUAUUCUCCGUUGGGCUCCUAGUUGGAUGUUUUUACCACACUAUCAUCUUCUCCGACCAUGAAUACUGGGCCUACCUGUGGCCCGCGGUGGCUAUUUGGGCUGUGGACCGAGCACUCCGUGUGACCCGUCUCAUUUACUGCAACAUUCAUGUACGGGUCAAUGCCGGAAACAGUAUACAGUACAGCAGAAGCAUUGCCAGCUACGAUGCGUCCGCGGACGUGAUCCGACUCGAGAUUACCCCGGGCUCGAAGCUUUUGUGCCCUACUUCAGGGCAAUAUUACUAUCUCUACCAACCAUUUCGACUGACAGGAUGGGAAAGCCACCCCUUCACCCUGGGUCACUGGUUCUACGAAGCCGACUACAAAGAUGCAUCCCCCACCCCACCACUGACCAAGGGCGACCACAGCAUCGAUGUGACCCAGGUACCCCUUCUCUCCGACUCCUCCUCCGAGUCGACAUCGGCAGAGGCAAUCCAACUCAAACACGACGCCCCGCGAGGCUUGAGACUAGUCUUCUGGAUCCGACCCUACGACGGAUGGACCCGCAAACUCCGCGAUCAAUGCAUUCGGUCCCCAGCUCAGAGCAUAGACAGUGCCAUUCUUCUGGAAGGCCCCUACGGCGACCAGUUCCCGCUCUGGAAUUAUGAGUCCGUACUCCUAAUAGCUGGCGGAACCGGCAUCGCCGCGAUUAUCCCCUACAUCCAUGGACACCUCUUACGCACGGCAGAAGACCCCGAUCAAGCAUCUACCCAGAUUCGAGAUAUGCAACUCGUCUGGGUCGCGCGACAGGCCGCAUUUAUCCGACAGCUUGCAGCCCGCGAGUUAGCACCGGCACUGAUACGCGAUGACUUCCGGGCUUCGUUCUAUGCCACUGCCAAGCAAACUCCACACGACCCGGAUCGGUUCGAGUCCAUGGAUGAGUUGGAGAUAGCACAGGGACGACCGAACGUGGAAAGCCUUGUCUUAGCGCAUGCACAUGCAGCGCAGCUCAGUGAGUCGUCUGUGGCCGUGUUGGUGUGCGGUCCGACAGCCUUGGCAGAUCAGACUCGGGCUGCGGUCUGCUUGGCUCUACAGCGGGGGUAUCGAGGGAUCCGCUAUGUGGAGGAGUCGUUUAGUUGGUAAUGUGUCACGAUUCAUGACUAUUGUUUGUAUGUGACUCCGCGCGCUUGUACAUAAUGACUGCUUAGAUAUCGGAUUCUGG